CAGCAGCUACAAAAAGGAUCAGUUUACCUUGCGGCAAGAUCAUUUCUUAACUGACUACCGUGCGGUGAACAGCAGCAGCAAGUGCUCGAUUCCGGAGCAGAACUUCAACACAUACAAUUUCGCCUGGCCAAAAUAUUAAAAUUAACUUGCAACAUUUUACAACCAAGCCAGCACCACAGACCCAGUCAAAUUAGCACAAUGGCCGUGGAGGGUCAAAGAUUUAUGACAAAGACACAACACUACCGCAAGGUCACAAAGCCAUUGCUGGAGCGAAAGCGUCGUGCUCGUAUGAAUCUGUACUUGGACGAGCUGAAAGAUUUGAUUGUGGAUACAAUGGACGCGCAGGGUGAACAGGUUAGCAAACUGGAGAAGGCCGACAUACUGGAGCUGACGGUUAACUAUCUAAAGACCCAACAGCAGCAGCGUUUGGCUUGUGGCACAAGUGCUGCUGCCAUCACACCAAGCGCAACCGCUCCAACAUCGCCGUCUUCAACCCAAUUGAACUUUGAUAAAUUUCGUGCUGGCUACACUCAGGCUGCUUACGAGGUCUCACAUAUCUUCUCCACGGUGCCCGGCUUGGAUCUAAAGUUUGGUACACAUUUGAUGAAGCAAUUGGGACAUCAGUUAAAAGAUAUAAAGCAUCAGCUCAACAGUCCCAGCCCCGUGCCAAGCGAGGAUGCCAGCGAACCCGUCAACCUGGCGGAUUGCAAGCAACAGCGUGCCACAACUCCAGACGAAGAUCUCGACAAGGGAGAGGAUGUCUGGCGACCCUGGUGAACUACAUGCUGCCAAUUAUUUAGCUUUACCAACCAUGCACAUUGAGAGCUUUAUUACUCUGGUUAUAGUUUGCUAAGUUUCAAUCAAGUUUUCCAACAUUUGCCUCAGUUUUUCAAGUACUUAGAAUUAAGAUAUGAUGUGAUGUUCCUGUGAUAGUUUAUAAGUUGGUUUUUUUUAUUUGAUCUCCAGUAGAAAAUAGUUUAACCAAUAAGUUUAAUUUAUAUUAUAAACAUAACAUUGAGCUUCCCAUAGAUCUUCCAAUUCAUUUUAAGUACAAACUGCUUUAACAUGAACAUUUGAAUACAUAAUUAUAAGAAUCUCAACUUAUUGUUAGUUUUACAUAUAAACAUGACAUGAAUCUGUAAUUUAAGAAUUUUUUAAGCCUUAUACU